UGGAAUUACAUGUAAUUGAAAAUGAGUGAGCGUGCUCCAGAUGCACGCGCUGUUUGAUCGGAAUUGGAAAGGGCUGGGAAUCGAUCUGUCUCCGGUCUCGUUGCCCCACGUUGCCGUGAGGAUGUUCAGCUGUGUCGGGUGUUUUUGGGUGCUCCUGUCCUCCGCCCUGGUCGCGCUUUGCAGUUUUAGUUUCAUCUCUCCCGCUUGGAUAGUGAAGGAGCACCUGAAAAACAAGGACGCAGUGAGUUUCGGGCUCUUGUGGCACUGCUCCGAGUCUCAGGAUCAUAUGUACAGAUGUUACACCUUUGGCGGGCUGGGCAAAUUUCAAGAGAUUCCUUCAAGCUCUUGGCAGACGAGUGCGGUGCUGUGUUCAGGUGGAUGUGCUCUGCUGGCAGUCAGCUCCCUGCUGGCCAUCAUCACCAUCUUCCUGCCCAGUGGAGCCUGUGAGAGGAGGAUCUGCACAUUGACAGGAUACAUGCAGAUGGCUGCAGUGGUCAUUAUGGCAUCUGGUUUACUGGUUUACCCCUUCGGUCUCAACUCCAGCCUGGUCAAAUCUUUCUGCGGAGACUCUGACAUCUACUACGCCGGGGAGUGUCAGAUAGGAUGGGGCUACAUGCUGGCUAUCGUAGGUGUCAUGCUCACCCUCUUCCUGCCCUUUUUCGCUAAGUACGCCCCCAAGGAGCAGCUGUCACCCACCCCAUUGCCCACUCUUUUAUAGAGCACCACCAACGAUAUUCAACCUGCUCAGCCAUCAUAACUAUAAAGUGAUCCAUUUGAGGUCGGACAGACUCUAAAGUCUCAGCAUCAUUUGC